AUGUUUACUCAUCAUCUCCACUUUCUUCUCGUUUUGCUCCUAUUAACAACCCCUCCUGUAUUGCCACAAUUUGGAGGCCCCCAGUUUGGAGGCCCUCCUCUAAAUGCCCCUCCCAACAAUGCAUUCCCCCCUAUUGGAAAUAAUUUGGGAGGAGGAGGAUUCCAAUCAGAUCCGUGUGCUGCAAUGUGCGGCGGUCCGAAUAUGGGGAAUUCAAUACAACAUCAACAACCUUUACAACAAUUUGCUUUAAUGCCCCCUAAUGGACAACAAAUGCAACAGAGGGAUGAAAGAUGUUGUUGCUGCUGUUGUCCUCCGCCUCCACCACCCCCACCAAUGAUGGCACCUCCACAAAGACCUCCAUGCUGUGUAAUUUGUUGUUGUGAACAACAAGAACCACCACCAAUGCCUCCACCAAUAAUUUUGCAGCCACUACCACCACCACCCCCUCCUCCCCCACAAAUUUGCCUUCUUUGCUGUUGUGAACAAGCUCCCCCUCCCCCACCACCACUUCCACCACCCCCUCCUCCACAGCCUUGUUGCUGCUGCUGUCCAUGUUGCUGUUGUUGUCCCCCACCACCUCCACCACCAAUGCCCCCUCCAAUGCCGCCGCCUCCUCCUCCACCUUGCCCUUGCUGUUGUUGUUGCUGUCCUCCAGGUGAGUUUUAUAAUAAAAUGUGA